AUGCCGUCCACACACAAUGCGGAGAAGCCCUGGGACACAGAUGACAUCGACAAGUGGAAGAUCGAGCCCUUUAAGCCCGAGGAUAACACGGCCGGCGCCUUUACCGACGAGUCUCGCUUCAGCACCCUCUUUCCCAAGUAUCGCGAACAAUAUCUGAAGGGGUCUUGGAAGUUUAUCACGCAAGCGCUGCAGAAACAGGGUGUUGGAUGCGAGCUGAACUUGGUCGAGGGCUCCAUGACAGUAUGGACAACACAAAAGACAUACGACCCAGCGGCGAUUUUGAACGCGCGCGACCUAAUCAAGCUCCUUGCGCGAAGCGUGCCUGCGCCACAAGCAGUCAAGAUCCUUGAAGACGAGGUAGCCAUGGAUAUCAUCAAGAUACGAAAUCUAGUCGGAAACAAGGAUCGCUUUGUCAAGAGGCGGCAGCGUAUAUUGGGGCCAAACGGAUCGACGCUCAAGGCACUGGAGCUACUCACAGAAACAUACCUGUUGGUACAAGGAAACACCGUCGCCGCCAUGGGCCCUUACAAAGGUCUCAAGCAGGUCCGGCGCAUCGUCGAGGACACAAUGCACAACAUCCACCCCAUCUACGCCAUAAAGGAGCUCAUGAUCAAGAAGGAGCUCGCCAAAGACCCAGAGCUAGUCAAUGAGAGCUGGGAUCGCUUCCUACCCAACUUCAAGAAGCGCUCACUCAGCAAGCGACGCGUGCCGCACAAAGUCACCGACAAGACGAAGAAGACAUACACGCCGUUCCCGCCACCGCAAGAGAAGAGCAAGGUCGACCUGCAGAUCGAGAGCGGAGAAUACUUCUUGGGCAAGCACGCAAAGGAGAGGAAGGUGCAGGAGGAGCGGGAAGAAAAGAUGAAGGACAAGAUGGACGCGAAGCGGAGAGAAAGGAUGAUGGAAUAUGUCGCACCGGAAGAGGACGGCGAGAAGAAGCAGAAGAAGAAGCGAAAACGGGAAGAGGGCGAGGGCAAGGAGAAGAAAAAGAAGAAGCGCAGCUCCGAAGGCGAGGUCAAUGGCGACGACGCUUGA